AGCCAUGCCGUGACCAGGCUCGGUCGCACGGCGCGGUCACAGUGUGAUGGGGUCGGGUCCCGCUUUGGUUCUGGCUACUUCGCUUUGACAGCCGAAGCGCAUCACGAAAGAGGCGGAGUGGCAGAGCCGACAGGCUCCCUCACCCAGAAGAGCAUGUUCGCUAAAGGCAAGGGCUCCGUUGUGCCAUCGGACAGCCAGGCACGGGAAAAGCUGGCCCUGUACGUGUACGAGUACCUGCUGCACGUUGGGGCGCAGAAGUCAGCGCAGACCUUCCUGUCGGAGAUCCGGUGGGAGAAGAACAUCACGCUAGGAGAGCCCCCAGGUUUCCUGCAUUCCUGGUGGUGUGUGUUCUGGGACCUGUACUGUGCAGCUCCUGAGAGGAGAGACACCUGUGAGCAUUCAAGUGAAGCAAAGGCCUUCCAUGAUUACAGUGCCGCUGCCGCCCCCAGCCCAGUGCUUGGCAGCAUCCCCCCCAACGAUGGAACGCCGGGGGGCCAGAUGCCUCCAGGAUACUUCCAGGGUCCCCCUGGCUCGCAGGCGUCGCCGCACGCUCAGGCUCCGCCCCUCCCGAACCCAAACAGCAUGAUGGGACCCCACGGGCAGCCCUUCAUGUCGCCCCGGUACGCUGGAGGACCCCGGCCGCCCGUCCGGAUGGGGAGCCAGCCUCCGGGAGGAGUUCCGGGUGGCCAACCUCUCCUCCCCAGUUCCAUGGACCACACGCGUCAGCAAGGACACCCGAAUUUAGGAGGACCAAUGCAGCGUAUGACUGCCCCGAGAGGAAUGGCUCCCAUGGGACCAGGACCGCAGAGCUAUGCGGGUGGGGUGAGGCCGCCCCUUAACUCCAUGGGUCCCGGCAUGCCAGUGAUGAACAUGGCUCCCGGAACCGGCCGGCCAUGGCAGAAUCCCACCAACGCCAACUCAAUUCCAUACUCCUCUUCCUCCCCCGGAUCCUAUGUGGGUCCGCCAGGCGGGGGGGCUCCGCCCGGCACACCCAUCAUGCCCAGUCCAGCAGAUUCCACCAACUCCAGUGACAACCUGUACACCAUGAUCACUAGUGGGGGUGGCCGGUCAAGUUUCCCCAUGGGUCCCAGCACGGAUGGUCCCAUGGGGCCCAUGGGCACCAUGGAGUCCCACCACAUGAAUGGGUCGCUAGGGUCAGCUGACCUGGACGGGCUUUCCAAGAAUUCUCCCAACAACUUAAGUGGCAUCAGUAAUGCCCCUGGCACCCCGAGGGAUGACGGCGAACUGGGGGGCAGCUUUCUGCACUCCUUCCAGAAUGAAAACUACUCUCCCACCAUGACAAUGAGUGUGUGAUGACCCCCCCACCCCCGUCAGAUGCCAUCUUGAAGAGCUGGGACAGUCUGAAGGAAGCAGGCAGACGCGCGUAGAGCCCCUGAGAUGUGACCCGCUUGGCUGCCAGCGGCGCGUCUGACCCCUUCGCCGGCUUUCCGGAUGGCAGCCCCCCCCUUCCCUCGCAGCCUGCACUUCCUGCUUUAACGCCAAGCCCCGCCCAGUCCAGUGUCAUAUGCAGGCAGAUGUAAAUCCCCACGUUUGAGUUUCCAGUCUCUGCGACGUGCUUGACUGUUCACCGCACGGGCCUCCCCUUCUCCCUGUUGCCGGCUUUGUAGGGCCAUUUGGAUGCUAAGCUGGGUGGAUGUUUUGUGAUCCGGAAGGUCCCAGCGCUCCUCAGCAUUUGGGCCUGGACCCUGCGGACUCUGCUGACGCCCCUCCCAAGCGUGAGCCAGCGCUGCCCCGGUUUUGGCCAUGUGACCUGGCGGGACACCACAGGGCUAAUCUGGACAGCCUCAGGUGCCCCGAUCUGCUCACGGCUCCUCCUGCCUCCGCGUCUCGAGGAACAGUCCCCAUGUUCUGGAACCUUCCUUGCAUUGUAUUUAAAUACAGGCCUGAGCUGUGAAAUAUGCACACAUAUAUACCGGGUGGGGGGGGAACUUGGGAUUGGUGACGUUGGUGCAGACAGGCCCUGCCUGGCGUCAAACGGCGUCAUGUGACACGUCAUGUGACCCCGCCUGCCGGCGGCUCUUAGCUCAGUACCUAAACCGCUGAAGGUUUCGUGCCUUCCCGUCUCCCGACCCAUGAAGUACCUCCUCUCUCAGACUUGCUCUUCUUGCCUGUUACAUGCUGCACUUGCUACAUGCAGCAUGAAUCUUUUUUAUGUGUUUAUGGGAUGGCGGUGGCUCGAGCUGUGCGCUAGCGUAGGAUCCCGCCAGACGCGGCCAGUGUCUCUUCUCCAUCCCUCCAUCCAGCGGACAUUUUGAACCUUGGGAUGAUUUUCCUUCUCGUUACCUGUCAUUAAUCUUUACCGUAACUUAUUUUUUGUCAUUGGUAUGGGAUGAUUACGGAUGUUCCCACCUCUAUCCAGCGUUGUAAUUAAUAUUAACAUAAACCUGGUCCUCUGCCA